UAAAAUAUGAUGUUUUGUUUAUGUUGUUUCACUGUUGCAGCUACGAGAAAAAAAACUUCACUCCUACUUCUACAGAGCUUGCUAAGUUAAUUUUGGAUGGGUUUUUUCAAGACGAAACACUUGAUGACCGUGGGAAAGGUAAAAGUGUUGUUGAUGACACAACACUUGGUGUUGAAGAUGAUGAUUUUGCAGAGAACACGUUUGACGGUGGUUGUUCCUCAAAGGUAGAUGAAGGUGCUUCCUCUUCUAGUUUUGAAGAAUUAAAGAGCCAACUUUCUCAGGUUGAAAAUGUCCAUGCUAAGGUUACUGAAGAGUCUGAAGAUGGUUAGGAGACUGAAAAUGAUGAGCCCAUUCAUGGUAAAAUGAAUGAUGAGGAUUUACAGGUU